AUGCACUUUGUCAACAGUUUUCGAGUCAGUGGUUUGGAGCCUAAAAGGCUUGACGUAGGCGAUAUGGACAUUGAUUUUAUUCCGUACCUCUAUCGGUUAUACAAACGGAUCCCGUUGCAACCAGAACUCGCAGAAGCAAUGAUACCGGAAGGUCCACUGAUGACUGAAAGUGAAGUUGACAGGAGAUCACCGCAAUUUGCAUGGCGACCCCAUUCUAGAUAUGGACGUCGUUAA